AUGGAUACUACUAACAGCACACUUACCCCAACCACAACGGCGACCACGACCACGCUCGCCGAGCUCGGAUUCCUCCACGACCGCCAGCCGGCAACCGAACUCCCCAAGGACAUCCACGUCCUCAAGGAGUGGUACUUUACGCGGUGCCAGACCCUCAAAGACGCCAAAGCCCUGCUUGGCGUCUACAACACCCUUGUUCUCGAUCUAGGCGUCACCCCCACCGAACUCUACAAAUGGAAAGCGAACAGAUGCCUAGGCUACCGCAUCGCGCACCUGAUGGUCGAAAACGCCUACGUCGAGGACAAGAUUUCGAGAGAGCGGCGCAAGUGGGUGAAGAAUCAUAGCCACGUCUGGUGCGGCCAGACGCCCAACCACGACAUGCCCUGUUUUGAGUUCUCGGAGGAUGAUAGGGAGUUUUUGAGGGGCAAGUGGCCACAGGCUUGGGAACGGUAUAUUGUUGCGCAGAUCGAGUGGGCGUUGGAGGUUGAGUUGGAGCAGGCGAGACGGUUUUUGCCAAAGAAGCAUGAGCGGAGUGUGAGAGAGGAGAAUUGGCGGUGGUUGUUUGGGGUGGAUAGGUGGGUUAAGAAGAUUGCGUUUUUGGCGUUUGAUGCUUCUGGGGUUGGGUGUGAGGUUGGAUGGAAGGAGUGA